AUGUCAACUCCAUGCACAUUUGGUACCUCAACCAACAAAACUCUUGCAUUCGGUAUUGUCCCCAUGGCCAUUCAUGAAAUGGGAAUGGACAUGAUCGGUCCUUUGCCCCUGGGCCCCAGAAAGGGAAAUUCUCGGAGUUGUUGGAGAAAAGCUGGGCGCACGAGCACUAGCAAAGGAGAGCAGCCCGGGCGAGUGUCAGCAAAGGGCGGUGGGAAGCUGGACGUGAGCGUGGAACAACAUCGAGUACAGCAAAUCAACCACAGGUUCUGUUCUCGGGAGUUGAGUGUGGGGAAAAGUGUGGGGCAGGGGCCAGGAGGUGGGACGGGAGGCGGGGGAGGUAGAGGAGGAAAGGGAGCCUAUAGGUUGAGAAUCGGGUCAUGGAACAUAGGUUCACUAACGAGUAAGUCUAUAGAGUUGGUAAAUAUCCUUCAGAAGAGGAAGAUUAAUAUAGCAUGUGUCCAGGAGACUAGGUGGGUCGGAUCGAGGGCGAAGGAUGCGGAUGGGUAUAAGUUGUGGUACUCUGGAGUCCUGAGGGGUAAGACUGGAGUGGGUGUCUUGGUAGAUAGGCAUCUUAGAGAGUCGGUGGUAGAGGUUAGGCGGGUGAAUGAUAUAUUAAUGACUAUUAAGUUGGUGGUGGGUGAGUGUACUUUAAAUGUCGUUAGCGCAUACCCGCCGCAAGCAAGAUUGGAUAAGGAGAUUAAAAGGCGCUUUUGGGAGGGGUUGGAUGAGAUCGUGCGUAGUAUUCUGCCUACCGAGAGACUAUUAAUAGGAGGAUAUUUCAAUGGUAAUAUUGGGUCGUCUGCAGGUGGUUAUACUAAGGUGCAUGGCGGCUUCGGUUUCGGGGAGCGGAACGAAUGGGGCACUUCGCUGUUGGACUUCGCCAAGGCGUUCGAGCUAGUGAUUGCGAACUCAAGUUUCCCGAAGUUGGAGGAGCAUUUGGUUACUUUCCAAAGUUUGGUGGCGAAGACUCAGAUUGACUAUCUCUUCCUCAAGAGAUGUGACAGAAGGUUGUGCGAGGAUUGCAAGGUUAUGCCUGGUGAGACCCUUACAAUGCAGCAUAGGCUUUUGGUAAUGGACAUUGGUAUAUUAUGA